AGGAAAGAACCAUAAAGUUCCCUCCAAAAACAAAAAGUUCCUCUCCUACACACAACCUUUUGAAGUUGAACCGAAUCGAUCACUUUCAUCAUAAUCAUCAUCAUAAUCAUAAUUCAAUAAGAUUUAAUACUCUCUGUUCCUUCAAUCUUUCAAUAUUUCCGUACCAUCUAUGAAUUGCCUCUUCUUUAAAUCCCCCAAUUCCAAUCACGCUCACUUCCCUCCUUUACGCCUUGCGGACAUUCUCGCCAACGACGACGCCGCCGCCGCCGCCGUUAACCCCAUGGACGAAGUUCAUAAAAAACCGCCAUAUUCUUUUCAUCGUUCGACCAAAUGCUUUUCGCCUCGGCGGCUUCUUGCUUCUUUUCUGGCGGCGCUGAGGCCAACUAAAGAACGACGGAUUCUAAAAAGCCGGGAGAAGAUGCCGUCCACGCCGAUAACUAUAGAAUUAAAAGGCAGCGAAGCGGAGUCAAGUCAUUUAGAUUGGAAUGAUACAUCUUUUAAGCUAGGAGUUGGUUGUGGGUUGUUAUAUGUGAUUGCAGCAACUAAAAAUGAGCUUAGCAAGAUGGUUGAGCUGCGGAAAGAAAUGGGAAUAAUCCUUCAAAACAUGAAAGGCGAAGUUCAAAGUAAAGACGCACUUCUUAACCGAUUGAAACAAUGUGAUGAUGCUCUUGCAGAGGUUUCAGUCGCCGAUUUUCAAGAAGUUUCCUGCUCUAAUAGUCAACUUUCGGUUUGUUCACAAAAAUCAUAUGGUCAGGCAGAAUUGAAAAGCAACAUGGGGUGUGAUGGUUUUCUAGAUUAUGAUAUUCGUGAACAAGGUGAAUGUGCCGAAGAAAUUAAUGAGCUACAAGCGGAAUUUGAAUAUGAGUUACAACGGUUGCAGCUGUAUUUGGAUGGAGAAGAUGCACAACAACAAGAAAGAGUUGAGGUUGUUGUUAAAGACUCUAGUUCAAAAGGCGAGAGUUCGAGUUUUGGUGAAGUAAUAAUGGAACAUCAAGAAGCAAGUUGUGAUAUUUCAGUUGGAGUCUCUCCGGUUGAACUGGAGAGAAAGUUGCAUGAACUGCUUGAAGCAAGACUUCAAGAUCGGAUAAUAGAGCUGGAGUCUGCGUUAGAGUACGCCACACAAAAGCUCAAUGAGAAUGAGAUUAGGAGUAUUUGGUGGGAAGACACGGCAAGACAUAUGCCAUACCUUAUUCCUGAAACUUGUCAAUUUACUUUUCCACUUGAUCCUGAGGCUGCUUUGAAGUUUAAUCAAGUUGUAGGAUAGCAUUUGAAAAUGUGAAUUUAACUAAGGAAUCACAAUAUUGUUACUGCCUCUGCCUAUGUGGUUUAAUGACAUUGCUUUAUCAUAUAGAUUCAAAUUUCUGGUUAGUCUUUGGAGUAAAUGGUUUGAUUUGGGUUGGUUAGGAUGAAGUUAUUACUAGGCUACAGUGUGAAAUUUCUCUGGAUAUAGCAAUGAACACAAAUUAAAGUUUUGAUUCA